AUGAUCAUCAGUAAUGCUGAUGAGCCCUUGACUGAUCCUAAUGUGACCAUGGGUGAUUGUACCGUGAACACCUCUAUCAAUGCGCCUUGUGCAGCUCCAGACUCAGGCUUGGGUUUCUCUGAUGAUGUUCCCAUGCAUCCUGUUGAAGAAGUCUCUGGUGCAAAUCAGAAGCACCUGGCCGGCGAUGCUGAGUCAGACUUUUUCUCUAUGGGAGAGUACUUUUGCGGGCAGUACACCAAGCAUCAUGGCACUGCCAAGGAGCGACUCGUUCGCGUUCGCCUUUGCUUGCUGUGCACUCGUAUCUUCAACUCGUUCAGUUUUCAGAAAGAUAGUGCGACGACCAACUCCGGAACAAUUAUCGAGAGCCAGGAAGAUUAUGAGAUGGGAGAGGCAAACAUAGUUGGAGGAUCCAUUACUGACGACAAUAUUAAGAUGAUGUUUGUUUCUGGAGAGACAGCAGAGCCGUCUCCUGAGACCACUACUUUGAUUGAAGAAAUCACCCGCCAACAAGUGAUCGAAAUUCUUAGCCGCAGCACCGCAUUGGCAACUCGCCGCGGAGUCCGCUCGAUCUCUACCGACGACCUGAUUUUCCUGAUUCGUCACGACAAGGCCAAGGUUUCCCGCCUGCGAACCUUUUUAUCCUGGAAGGACGUCCGCAAGAAUGUGAAGGACUCCGACGACAAGGGUGGUGGUGAUGCCGCCGACUUCGCUGCCGCCGACGAUGCGGCUGGUGUCGUUGCAGGCCCCCAAGACGUGGCCCCCAAACCCAAGAACAAACGCGCCAAGGUCGGACUUGCGUGGGAUGUCAACAGUUUCUACUCAGUUCAGGUCCCCGAGCGUGAAGAUGAAGAAGAUGAAGAGGAGGAGGAGCAGAACUACGCGACUCUCCAGCGUCUUGCUGCUGCCGACGAACGCACUCGCCACAUGACGAGAGAGGAGUAUGUAUUUUGGUCUGAAUGUCGCCAGGCUUCCUUCACCUACCGCAAGAGCAAGCGUUUCCGUGAGUGGGCAGGCUUCGGCAUCGUCACCGAAUCCAAGCCAAACGACGAUAUCGUGGACAUCCUAGGAUUCCUCACAUUCGAGAUUGUCCAGACUUUGACUGAGCAAGCUCUCAAAGUCAAGGAGCGCGAAGACAAUGAGAAGCACCGUCGCGGUGGCGCCGAAGCCGGCGAGAACCUCAAGAAGCGGAAGCGCGAGACGGGCCUGUUCGACCCGCCCGAGGAGGGCCGCACUCCUAUUGAGCCUCGGCACGUUCGCGAGGCCUACCGCAAGCUACAGGCUACUCCCCAGAAAGCGGUUGCCAUGCUGUUGCACGAGGGUCGUGUUCCCCCCCGCCACCCUCUUGCUUUGGUUUAA